CCAGCUGCGACCAUGUGCAGUCGCAGUCCAAAUAAUCUACUAGUGAAACUCUGUUAAAGAAUUUACGUUCACCGAAGACUCAUCGCAUGUAUGCGUCUGUGCGUGUGCGUUAAUUUAGUGCGCUGUGGGCAAGGGGGGGUUGUGCGCGUCUGUCACUUUCAUCCGGACAGUUCUCCAGGCGAGUUUUACGAAACUUUACAAAAGCGGUAUGACCAUUAAAUGAGAGCCGGGCACCGUUAUCCGCGGUCAAGCCUGCGGCGCUUCUCCUUCACGACGGUCAGACUUUAUCGUCCGUAAACCUUCGCCAAGAAGAAGACGAAGAAAGAAGAGGCAAACAUGUACAACAACAGCAGCUCUCGCUCCUCGGUGGCAUCGUGGAGAGAAGAAAAAAAGAGGAAGUAGAGAAGAAGAAGAAGGAGAAGAAGAAAAGAUGGUCACGGUCAGAUGGAUUCAGUGUUUGUCUUGAUAGUCCAUCGCCACGUCGCAUUUAGUGGAGCGCUUCUAUCUCAUCGAGGCCAUUGUCGUUGGCAUCACAACGUGAUGAGACCUAUAUCUAUCGUGCACCGCUCUUUGCCAACUCUUUAUUUUUCAUAAUUCUUCUCUGCAAAAAAAGGAAAAAGAUAUUGCGUCUAGAGACCUCUUUUUAUUCGGUCGCGCCAGAGAGAGAGAGAGAGAAAAAAAAAGAAGAGGCCAAAGGGAAGUGGAGGUCAUGUUGCGGUCGCGGAGUCUUGAUCUUUCGUUCAUCCGCCGUCGCGGCCGGAAGCGCUCGGCAAUCUUAGGCUCUGUCGGUCAGGCUUUUUUCAGGAGCACGUGCGUCAUGGCUGCCGUGACCAGCGCCAGCGAUCUGCUGGCGGCUCCGUCCAAACGUUCCAGAGGAUUGGCGGAUAUCGACCCGAAAUUCGUCUCUAACAGUGGACUCAGCGGCUUGUCGGAACUGGGGACACCUCGUGGCGGUAGCGUGCGGAUUCAGCACAGACCGCCCAAGCAUCCCGUCAUGUCGGCCGGUGGCAGCGUCGCUAGUGCUGCCGGAGCCGGAGGAAUCGCUUCUUGUUCGCCAUCGUCAGCAGCAGCCGCCGUGGAGACUUCCCGUUUCCCAAAACUGGACGAGUGCGCUCAUUUUCACUACGAUGUUGUCGAUCUCGGACCACUAACGAUCCAGCUACACGAAGAAACGGGCAAGGUGGUUCCUUCCCUAACCGAAUCGGAAGUGCCGCUCGUGGCACUGCAAAUCACGAGCUACGGCAAAUCUUGGGUACUCCGCCGUUCCUACGAGCACUUCCGGCUGCUGGAUGAGCAGCUCCACCGUUGCAUCUACGACCGCAAGUUCAGCCAACUGCCUCUCUUGCCCGAAAACGUCAACCAGCCAGCCGAGGUGGCGCUGAGACCGUUGCUGUCCAGCUACGUCAAUCGGCUAAGCGCCAUUGCCGGCAAUUUGAUCAACUGCGCUCCCGUCCUCAACUGGCUGGAAGUGGACAAUCGAGGACGGCGACUUUACCCGCCUCCGCCAUCCGAUGAUGCAGAUGCAGAGAUCAACACGCCGGCCGUGGCUGCUGCCUACGCCGUGCGUCGCUACGCCGCCGUCGCAUCAGACGAGAUCAGCUUCGAAGUGGGUGACAUGAUAUCCGUGAUUGAUAUGCCUCCGCCGGAAGAGAGUAUGUGGUGGCGAGGUAAACGCGGCUUCGAUGUCGGUUUCUUCCCGUCCGAGUGUGUCCGAAUCAUCGGCGACAAAGUCCCGGCUCAUUUAUCUUUACCCAACACUACGUCGGUCGUCGUGGUCGGCGGUGGUGGCUCGAAUCCGGCUGGCAGCAAGACACACCACCUGUUGAACCAGUCCGGAUGCAGUGGCGGCAGCGGCACUAGCGCCGAACACUUACCCACCAAACCUGUUUUACGCAAACACGGCAAACUCAUCUCAUUUUUCAGGAGUUUCAUCUUAUCGAGGCCGUCGCGCCGUAAACUGAAGCAAUCGGGCAUUUUGAAGGAGCGCGUUUUUGGCUGCGAUCUGGGCGAACAUUUGCUCAAUUCUGGACGUGAGAUCCCGAUGGUGUUGAAAUGCUGCGCUGAAUUCAUCGAAGAGUACGGCAUCGUCGAUGGUAUUUAUCGAUUAUCAGGCAUCACCUCCAACAUUCAAAAGCUCAGAAAUGCUUUUGACGAGGACAGGGUGCCCGCCCUGGUGGAGGACGAGGCCAUUCGACAAGACAUGCACGCAGUGUCAUCCCUCCUCAAAAUGUAUUUCCGUGAGCUGCCCAACCCGUUGUGCACCUAUCAACUCUAUGACCAGUUUGUUAACGCUGUCCAGGGACCUGAUAAUCUUCGAGUGGUUCGAAUGCGAGAGGUUGUCCAGCAACUCCCACCACCCCAUUUUCGCACGCUCGAGUACCUGACUCGGCAUUUGGCCCGCGUUGCAGAAAAUAAUGCCUCUACUGGCAUGACGGCAAAGAAUGUUGCAAUUGUAUGGGCGCCGAAUUUACUUCGUUGCAAAGAACUGGAAUUCGGUGGCGUUGCUGCCCUUCAGGGAGUGGGCGUGCAAGCGGUAGUGACGGAAUGCCUGGUGCGAUACGUCGACUUGAUAUUCAGUGACAAAGUACCGACCAUACCCGCUUCGUUGAAUGAAGAAUUGCCCAGCAGUGGUGGCGCUUUGAAAAGGACGAGACCGAAAUCGCUGGCCAUCUCAACACCUACCAAGUUACUGUCGCUGGAAGAAGCGCGCAACAGAGCGCUUCAAUUGGCUAGCAGUCAGAAUGACACGCAAUACAUUGAGGUGGGAGGCGGGCCGGCCUCUCUUCCGCCAAAGUAUCACACGGUCAUCGAGCUACCCAACGGUGACGGCCGCAGCAAACGUGGCCACAGCCUCAAGCACAAGAAAUCUCCGCUCGGAUGGAAGUCGCUUUUCGCCAAACCCAGUAAAGUCCGGUCACCUUCCAGUAAGGCACAGCGCAAGAAUUCUUCGGCCAGCACAAGUUCCACUGUUAGCAUGCCCGCCCAGGUUGCGUCAUCGUCUUCCAUGACUCCGCAACGCUCUGUGACAUACGUCCGUCCCAGAUUGAGGCCCGUUAAAAGUGCCGAGUCUCUAGUGGCUUCCAACCGCAAUUCGUCGGCCGGUGACAGCCAGUUGACGAGUCCGGCUGACGGCAAUAAAUUGGGAGACGUGUCAGACUGCGUGGCAACGCCGCUCAAGGACAGAGAAGACGUUGCGGCCAGACUGGCAGGCGAUGAAGAUGAUGAAUCGAUUCAAGACGGUUCGCUAUCGCGCUGUCAUAAUCGUUCCGCCUCGCACGAUUCGUACUUCCGCUUGCUCAUGACCAGCCGGACAGGAAUGCAAGUGGAUCCGCUGGACGAAGAGGGUGACGCAAGUCCCGAAGCUAGUGGUUUCCAAGAAGGACAAGCCAACGACGUUAUCUACGCCGAGAUCUCAAAAUCGGGAACGAAACAUUCGAAAGAGGAGACACGCACGCGAGUAUCGCCUUCGGGAUCAGUAGGUUUCGAAUUUGGCAAGAACAUGAACCUGACGGCGGUGGAAGAGCCUCAUUCUGGCAGUUCGAAGAUGUCGUUGAUCGAUCUGAGCCACCUGGACGACAGCGAAUUGAGUAUUAUGAACAGUCGGGAGAUGUUAGCCGUAUCGAAGAAGCUGUCUGACAACUCGAGCCGUCAGAUGAGCGACAGCAGUGGCAACAGCAACCACAGUGGCGACGGUGGCAGUUGCGUUGGGAGGGCGCGCCCGGCAAGUGUGGAUGAUAGCGUCAUUGACGACUCGGUCAGGGGAAUGCCCAUGAACGCGGAGCAGAUCGACGGAAAAGGAAAUUGGGCCGCCAGCAAUCCCGCCUACGAAUUGUUUUGCAUUCAGGCUGAAGUGCACCAUCACAACAGAAUGGAAGCUGCUGGACGCUCACCUUCGCCCGAUAAUACCGACGCCCAAAUGCCAGACAUGCCCAGCGAAAUGGCCAUGGACGGAGAUAAUGAUUCCCUCGUUAACGUCACCACGGAAGAUUACAGCUCGACAGAAGUACCAGGGGGUUCGGAAGACCGUGAAAGUUACACUUUGCAUGGCAUUAAUGACGUCUACGAAAAUGUUGACGUCGCCAACAACAGAACCAAUGCUGAAAGUUGCCGACGAACGUCAACUUCUCCCGUACCGGCAGCCUACGAGAACUUUGCGGACAAUGACGCCUACGCCAUGGUGAGAGUCUCUUCGAGUCAAGAUGCCACCUACGAGAACGUCAUCGAUCCAGCGAUGAUUGACGAAGAAUACGAACCGAUCGAACCGCCGCAGGAGCCGGUCAAUCAAACGACAGAAACCGGAGUUUCUUACGAGAAUGUGGAGCAAGCGAAAUAUGAAAACAUUGACCAGCCGGCCAUUGAAACGGAGAUGAGCCAGGCAAAUUACGAGAAUCUCGAUCAUCAGCCCAGCUAUGAAAACAUUGACGAAGGGUUAGCUGUUGCUAGUGGCAGCAAUGAAUCCAUCGACGUUGAUGGUGGGGAGACGUACGAGAAUGUCGUCCUUCGGGAUCCAUCGAGCAACGCAAGGCCUCUAGAUAUUGUCAAUGUCUACGAAGACGUGAUCCCUCCCCCUCCUAGGACGGAUGAAACGGAAGAAGUCAUCUAUUAUCAGGUGAAGGUGUUGCGUCAAUCAAUCCAGGAGGUAAACGAGCUUUUGCGUGAAGAUCCCACGGCUCUCCAGACCGCCAUCGCUGAUCUCGGAGAAUAUCCGGAAAGGAGCAACCCAGCGCCAUCUCCUGUCAAAAUCCGCAGCCAUCCCGCCAAGGAAACGUCUGCAGUGUCGACACCUGUUUCACCAGUCGAGCAGAAAGAUAUUAAAGAAAUUAUUGACACGUUUUGCACAGAAACGACUGUGGCCAAAGAUUCUUCACCUGAUGCCGAACAACUAGGAAAUGUCAUCGAAGAUGUCAAAGUCGAAGAGGCUCCAAAAAUAGCGCCACCCAAAGGUAUUCGUCUUUCGCUAUCGCCCAAAAGGAUGUCGACCGGAGACGAUUCCGGCAAAGCGGAAUCAAACGAGCAGAGCCGAAAUGUCAAGGAUCAGCAGCACCACCUACCUCUAUCCGUCUCGCUUCCGAGUUUGCUCAAUUCGAAUAACAAAAUGGCGGCACAAAAGCAGCAGACCGCGGCGCCUUCACGUAUGAACACGAGUCUACCUCCUACUCCGCUCUACGAUCUCUAUCCGGAAAGCGAAUCGGUAUCGAGUAAGCGUCGUUUCGAGUCGGAAAUCGGACGCGACCUGCUUCGCGAGCGCAGAAUCCGCAACGAGAUUGAAAAUUCCCGUCGCUCUGAGAGCAACCUUCUCCAGUCGCCGGAACAAACGUCUCCAAUCCGACGCCUGUCCACCUCCGAAUCUUCGGCAUUGAAAUCAAACAUGGGCAAACCUGCCCUGCCAAUCAAAAUCAAUUCCAAGAAAAUGGAACCCAAGAAUGUCCAGCCGUUGCCCGUCAAAAAGCCAGAGCAGGUAUGCGUCCGGCCGACAACGUUGGAGACGUCAUUCGAUUACGAACCGACUCCGCUCCAACGAAGAGCUUCUUCGCCCCUCUCGAGCGGAAGUCCAUUGUCGCCGGUCAGUCCGACGUCAGAGGGCAGAAAUUUCACGUCUUCCGGUGCUCGUAAAACGAGCGUCAAGGAGUUGCUCAACAAGUUCCAAACGGGUGGUGGUGACCAUAACGGCGACCGGUCAAAUCAACAACAACAACAACAACAACAACAACAACAACGGGUCAACACACCUACAUCACCUGUCAAACCGGUUACGCCAGUUUCGUCACCGUCAAACAAACAACUGGUUACGCACAUCCUGGACGAGUCGAAGAAGAUGAAAGACGAAGGCAAGGAGAACAUUGAAGUUCAUUUGACGCCAGCGCCGAAAUUAUCUAGCCACAACAAUGCGGCGGAGAGUUCGUGUGACGUGAUGAUCAUGGUGGAGAGCAACAGCGACGUGUGCAAAACGGGCGAAUCGACGAUGGAACAAGAUGCCAAAGAGAUGCUGCGCCAGAAAUCGUUGGGCAUCGACAUGAGUGAUCCGAGGACGAGAUUAAGGAUCGAACGCUACAAGGAAGAAAGGCGUUCAUUCCUGCGCGAAAAGUACAAAUCAGAGAGCUUCCGCAAUGACGGGAAAGAAGACGCCGUCAUUGUGCGUCUCAAACAAAAAGCCGGAAGUCCGACUCAUCAACAAGAGGCGGUUGAUGUGGAUAAUGUGGUCAGUUCCCCACCGCCACCUCCUUCCCUCCGGACGCCGGAUCCGGGUCUGAUUGACGAAGACGUCAACGUCAAGGAAAGGGCGGCUCAAUGGGCUCAAACUCUCCCUGCAACUCUGGUUGCCGCAGCGGCCGUCGCCGCUGCUACCACGACUGCUGCCGCUGCGGCUGUUACCACCGUUGCAACGCCACCGAUCAAAACCGUGUCGCCCACUCAUCGCAGUUGUUCCGAAGCGGUCAGCAUCGCUCCGCAGCAUAAGCGCAUUCGCGACAUGGCCGCCCUCUUCGAAAAAGAAACUCCCUGAAUAUUAGUAAAUUUCAAUAGGCUUUGCUCUGCGUUAGAAAGAAAACACUUUUCCCCAAUCCAUUGACGUUGCAAGAAAAAUUGGGCACGCCCUAAUGAAAUUGUAGGUACGAUCCUUGUGCGGCCAUCGUAACCACUCAUAAUAAGCAUAACAUUAAUGGUAGACAUCCAAAAACGAAACAAAUUUCAAUAACUCAAUCCCAGUUUAUUUGCUUUUUUCUCAUUGGUUUUGUUUAUUUUAGAAAUCUGAAAAGAUUUGAAUGAUCUGUAAUUGUUUAUGCGACGUAAUCUUUUCCUUUGAAUGUCUUAUCGCCAUGUACAUAGUGAAUUUGUUGAGUGCGUGUGAUUUUUCCGCCUUUGUGAUUCCUAAAGAAUCUCUCCCUCGACACUCGAAUCAGUUGCGUUUUUUCCUGCUUUCUUUCUCUCUCAAAAGAGAAACCCAAAAUGUUUUGGUGUCGCCCAUUUUUCUCGAACAAGCAAAACGAAAAAAAAAAAUUAUAAUAACAAUAAUACCAACAAACAAACAAGAAAAAAAAAGAGGAAAAGAAAAGCGCGAUUUAUAUUGUAGUUACAUUCUUGAUGUCUCUUACUUUCUAUCGCUGUCCCUUUGUCGCGUUGCCGUUAUAAUUUAUUUUGUCUGCGUUUACCGGCGUCUUUGGUCAAAUUGAUUCGAUGAGAAAACGGAAAAUUGUUGGGACGGUUUUUCUUCACCUUUCUGUGACCAUUGAGAAAUUGUUAAAAAAAAAAAAGGAAAUUUCAGAAGCCCGUCGUUUAGUUGCAACAUUUUCCUUCCGCUGUGAAUUUGAAAGUGUAUCCGCAUCUCUCUCUCUCUUUCUCUUGUUUAUCCUUCCUUUUCUUCAUCCCUUCUUUCACGUUGCCCAUGUUACGUCCGCAAGGAAUCCUUUGUGAUGCGCUUCUUUCGCCUACACGAACCUUUCGGAGUUGGCCUCCUCAAUGUCGGCUACUAUGCAGUUUAUAUAUAUACAUACUAUGUAUCCGUUACGUUGUGUAACAUGAUCGAGCGAAUACCAUGACGAAUGGAAAACAAGA